AUGAAGCUGCCUUUGCUACCGCUGCUACUGCUAUUGCUGAAGGCCUGGGCCGUCCCUGGGGACCAUGGGGACAGGGCCACCCUUACAGCCACUGCUCCACAGCUGGAUGAUGAGGAGAAAUACUCUAAUCACAUGCCUGCUCACCUGCGUUGUGAUGCCUGCAGGGCGGUAGCCUACCAGAUGUCGCAACACCUAGCAAAGGCAGAAGCCAAGCUGCACACCCCAGAUUCCAGGGAACGGCAGGAGCUGAGUGAGUCGGCAUACAUAGAUGUCCUGGACCAGAGCUGCUCCCAGACCUGGCAGCACUACGGGGUCCAAGAAGUGAACCAGGUAAAACACCUCACAGGCCCUGGGCUUACCACAGAGACAGAGCCCACCAUCAGCGUGAUGAUCACCGGGGGACCUUGGCCCAGCAGGCUCUCCAGAACAUGUUUGCAGUACCUGGGGGAGUUUGGAGAAGACCAGAUCUAUGAAGCCCACCAACAAGGCCGAGAGGCGCUGGAACUGUUGCUGUGUAGACGCCCGCGGGGUGCCUGCUCGGGGGAGGCGCUGGUCACAAAGACGGAGCUGUAGUCCAACUCUUCCUUCCCCUGAAGAGCCCCAAGGCUUCCUUUGCUUCUCCCCACUCAUUUCUGCCUAGAAGGCGAAGAGGCCAUGUUCUUCUCUGCUCCCCCAACUUCCCGGCACUGUGCCCUGGGCAGGGGCCAAGG